UAAAAAACUAGAGGCGGGGGAGAAAGUUAGAAGAAUAAAAUUGGAUGGCAACAUAUGGGUGUAAUCCUGAGUUGUUCCUCUCCAUACGUUUGGGAUAGUUGUUAGAAUGUUGCAUGCAUGCGCAACAACGUACCAAAGCACUUCCAUGAGCACGAUGACCUUUUUCCAAAAUUUCAUCUUCAACAACCCCUCUGAUAAUUGAAUUUUAACUCUGCAAAUCACAAACGAAUUAUCAAUCAUCACCGUCGCGAAUUCAGUAAUUGAAUACGUAUGUCGGGAGGAGGAGGCGGUGACAACAGGCAGCUAGAUCUCACGCCAACAUGGGCUGUGGCUGCGGUUUGUGCAAUUAUCGUCAUCAUUUCUAUACUAUUGGAAAAACUCAUACACAAAUUCGCAGCGGUGUUUGAAGAAAAAAAGAAACAUGCGUUGCUAGAAGCUCUUGAAAAGAUUAAGGCCGAGCUUAUGGUUUUGGGAUUCAUUUCGUUACUUUUAACGUUUGGUCAAAACUACAUUUCUAAAGUGUGUAUUCCCCAAAAGUAUGCACACACAAUGCUACCGUGUCUUCCCCCUGAACAACGUGGAGGGGGUGCAGCAGCUGAACACGGAGCGGGUGCCGCAACCGAUCACGGAGCUGGCCCUGCAGCUGAACUUGGUGGGGGUGGUGCAACGGAACAUGGAAUUGAACCUAAGACUGAUGAUGAUGGCGGUGAGGGUGGCGGUGAGGCUGGUGGUGAGGGUGGCGGUGAGGUUAAAGGAGGUGGCCAUCGUCGCAGACUUUUUUCAUACGAGCGUAGAGUUCUAUCUGGUGGUGGUGGAGGCCCCAGUUGUAAACCGGGGUACCUGCCUCUUAUAUCAGUGAGCGGGUUGCAUCAGUUACACAUUUUUAUAUUCUUCUUGGCUGUCUUCCAUGUGAUCUACAGUGCCAUAACAAUGACCCUUGGAAGAGCAAAGAUUCGUGGGUGGAAGGUAUGGGAGGAGGACCAUGUCGUGGAUGAAGAUGCCCUGAAUGAUCCUAGAAGAUUCAGACUUACUCACGAGACAUCAUUUGUGAGGGACCACAGCAGUUUCUGGACUAAAACACCAGUUUCCUUCUAUUUUGUAUGCUUCUUUCGACAAUUUUUCAGAUCUGUUCGUAGGGCUGACUACUUGACCAUGAGACAUGGAUUUGUUUCUGUCCAUUUAGCACCAGGAAGUAAGUUUGAUUUUCAAAAAUAUAUCAAGAGGUCAUUAGAAGAUGACUUUAAGGUAGUUGUAGGAAUCAGUCCGAUACUUUGGGGAUCAGUAGUGUUAUUCUUGCUGGUGAAUGUCCACGGAUGGCAUGCUGCCUUUUGGGUGUCUUUUCUCCCUCUAUUGGUGAUUCUGGCUGUUGGAACAAAACUUCAAGCAAUUAUUACUCGGAUGGCACUUGACAUAAAAGAAAGGCAUGCUGUAGUGCAGGGGAUCCCUCUAGUGCAAGUGUCUGACAAAUAUUUUUGGUUUGCAUGGCCUCAGUUAGUUCUUUAUCUCAUCCAUUACGUCCUCUUUCAGAAUGCUUUUGAGCUCACAUACUUCUGGUGGACAUGGUAUGAAUUCGGUUGGGCAUCUUGCUUUUACGAGGAUGAUAAACUCAUGAUCGUCAGAGUAGCUCUUGGGCUGGGAGCUCAAGUCGUUUGCAGUUAUGUCACACUUCCACUCUACGCACUGGUUACUCAGAUGGGGUCGACGAUGAAGAAGUCAAUAUUCGAUGACCAAACAUCGAAGGCGCUGAAACAGUGGCAUAAGAAUGCUCUGAAGAAGAAAACGUCAAAAGGACGACACGAAACUCGCACGUUGGGUGGGAGCCCGGGAGAACAUACACCGGGACAUUCUUCGCCGCACCCACCACCGCCCAAAGACACGGAAAUGGCUUCUCAGACCGCCACCAUCGUCACCAGCGUUGAUAACGAAACCUAUGAUAAUCGGGACCUUCUGAGUGGACCGUGACACGUGUCUAAAUCUGCUGCAAUGUAAUUAAAAACACUACAAUGCAUCGUCAUUUCACGGCUUUGUUUUACAUAGGUUAAAUAGAAUUAGUUAUUGUAUUAAUUAUACUGUAGAUUUAUAAAAUU